AUGGUGGUACAAUGGGUGACAAAAAAGGCCCUAGUCAUCGCACUAUUCUCCGGAAUCGGAUUCAGCAGCAGCAUCUUUGGCCUGAUUGCUGAUGACAAUGUGGUCCUUUUUCAAGGUUUGAGCGGCGCGCUCUCGUUCCUGGGCUUGCUCCUGUACUUCCUUUUGGACAUUGGAAAGGCAUCUCGGAAAGUGGGGAUACCUUUCGCAUUUGCCAUUUUCUUGUGCCUCCUCGCGCUGAGCAUCUCUGUGUCCUUGGACUAUCCUUGGGCUUCUCCUUUCUUGUGUCUGCAAGCCAGCUUUGUGAUCUUGGGCUUCAUGCGCAGCAGCCUCUUUUCCUCCGUGUCCACGAAGGACUUUUUCACUGCCACAGCAAUGAGCUUAAGCAUUUGCGGAACUAUCACACUGGCAAUAUGGAUCGGCUGGAGGAUGCAUAUUAAUCUGGAUCUGUUCAACUGGGAAUUUGACAUCUAUGCCGCAUCCGAAAAUGAUGCACUCAUUUCACACCUGGCCAAAGAUUUGGAGUUCGAUUUCAAUUACUCCAGCCAUUGUUUGACCAAUAAUACCAACAGCACAGAUGUUCGGGAGGCCAUUGGUGCCUGCGAAGUCUUGAACCAUGUUGUUCAGAAGCAACAAUGGUGUCCAGCUGUUGUGGGUGUGAUUGACGUCAUGUCAGCCUUGUGCUGCACCUUCAUGCUGCAGGCUCACAGCGGUGUGAAGCGCCGAGUCAGUACAGCUGAGGGUAUGCUUUCAGAGCAGGAAGCGCAGGGAGCAGCGAGGCUUCAGGCCGUUUUGAAAAGAUCCCUGUUGGUCGUGAUGGCCAUUGCCGCCAUCGCAUAUGCAGCUGCGUCCACAGCUGGCAGUGCUGGCAUUUUUUCCCAGGCCUUCUAUGCCUUCGGAGUGGGUGGCAUUGUGACCAUUUUUGGCUAUGUUUAUGUCGAGACUGACCAAGCACUUCUGCACAAGUUGCUGACACAAACGCGCUUUGGAAAAAUUGUCAUGCAAGUGCUGCGGAAUGAAUGGAUGCGCGCAUUCGUGGUUUGUUCGUUUUCUUUUGGUAUUCCAACGAUGCUACUUCUUGAUAGACUUCGACAAAAUGUUCGUCGACUCCGCUUUCCCAAUGAGACCGACAUCGACAAGUUUACCCCAGCGGGACGUAGAGUGAUCAAUGAGUUGAGAACUUGGCAUUGGUCAAUGAUCUUAAGGAAAGCAGACAUUUUCUCAGUGAUUACUAUCCUUCUCUUCGUGGGCCUUAAAGGGACCUAUGUUUUCUUCUCGUGGUUAAAUUAUUUUCUCCUCGCAGCGCAACUGGACUUGGUCGCCAUUUCAUCUCUGGUCUUUGCGGUGGGACUGCUGAUGUUCAUGCUUCCAAUUGUUCCAGGAACAGCAGUCUAUUUGUUCAGUGGAGUGGUCCUUGGAUUCUACAGCACUUCCAACGGACUUCAUUUUGGAGUGGGCAUUGCUGUUGGAGCCGUGUUGGCCUCGGUUCUGAAGCAUGUGGCAUGCACAGGACAAUACUUCAUUGGUUACUUAGCUGGCAAGUCUGUCCAUGUACAACGCUUCGUGGGCGUGGACAAAGUGCCCACCCGGGCCAUGGAAAUGAUCUUGAACAAGAGAGGUUUUGCUCUGGGAAAGGUGUGCAUUCUGGUAGCAGGACCGGAUUUCCCCACCAGCGUUCUCUGCGGGAUCCUGAAGCUGAAUAUUCCGCAGAUGCUCCUAGGCACUACGCCAGUGAUUGUGGUGAGUAUCAUUCCACAGGUGGCUGUGGGGGCUUUGCUGACUUUGCCUGGCAAUGAGGAGUAUUCUGCCUUGGCCACCGUGUUUGCCUUCGUUAUCCAAGUCCUUGCCACUCUCUAUGUCUCUUACAGAAUUUUGAAGACUGCCGAGGAGAAUUUGCAAUCGCUCUCGCAGUAUCGGGAGGAGCACGCCCAGGUCGCAGAACUUACUCGCCGAGAAAGAUCCUACACUCGCAAAUUCCUGGAAGUGAGCAGCUGGGCCAAAUUGCCCAUUCACAUCAAAGGCCUCCUUGUAACGACAUCUGGGAUCCUUUGGUCUGCGGCUUUUGUCUUGGUCAUUGAUUUCAUGAGUGCCCAAAAGCUCUGCUUCCGGCGGUUCUCAAUGACGGAUCGCAUUGAUGACGACUUCGCGAGUGGUGGUUUGGGUGGCAAUUGGUGGAACAUCGUGCUACAGCCCUUGGGAAGCAUCGUCCUGGUGUCAACCCUUGCCUCUUGGCAAUGUCUAGAAUGUCCACAACUAGCCAAGCAUGCUAUAUCCUGUAUAUAUCUAGAUGAGGAUCCAAGUGGACGCGCUUCAAAACUAUACUUAAACAGAUUUUUAAAAAUGUCAAAAUAUGUAUAUAAAAACACGAAACCCUGUAAAACGAUAGGGGACUCAGUAACUUGA